ACAUUCAGAUGGAACUGAUAUGGCAGGAAUUGAUUUUCAACCCAAAAUUGAUUCUCGAACACAAAGUAAGUAUGACGAUGACAGCAAUAACGACGAUGACAGCGAGGACAUAACUGGUCUUUAG